AUUACUGCGUGUGAGCUUUGGCCAUAGGGACCGGCUCCUCUUCUGCAAAGUGUUCCUUCCUCUUCGAGAACAAAAAUUAUUCAGACCGGCUUCGGUGUUCCCCGUCUGCGUCUGCGGUCUGUCUGCGAGACAAUUCGUGCUCGUCGGGUAGCGGCGACCAACCAUGGCCUCAACCACCGCGACUGCCGCGGCGGCUACCCCAGCCAUGCCGUCAACUGACGAGGCCUGGAAACUCGCACAGAAGCUACGUGCCGCGAUUGUAAAGGAACUCGAGCAUGUCCAGAAGGGCGGUCGCGGCACAAAUGAGCUCGCGCGUUUCGAGAAAGUCGAGAAGUUGAUGGAGAAUUAUCGCCUUGCCUGCCUCCAAACCAUCUGGCCCGACAUGCGUGCUGCCAACGAGAAGAACGCCGAGGACGCUCUCUGGCAUACCCAUACUUUGGUCACCAAGACCUACCGGAAGGUGCUUGGGAGGCUCCAGGGCGACGACAACGUCGUCCUGCGACGGAAAGUCGAGAAGCUCUAUGCCCACUACCUCAAGACGGCUCAAUACUUCUACAGGGGCUAUCUGCAACGGGUUUGCGCGAGAUACGACAUGAAAGAUCUCAAACGCAUCGCUCGCCGCGCGGAUCUUCAGGAGAUGCCCUUGCCGGAUAAGGAGAAGGUUGACGCUUCGGCAGCACAGCUUGAGGAUAUUGUCAAGCGCUCGUGCCACAAGACGCUCAUCUACCUCGGUGAUCUAUCGAGAUACCGCACGCUACUGCGGGCAAAGGACCCCAAAUGGGACGGCGCUCUGGCAUACUAUCUCCUGGCAAACGAGCUCAUACCCGAAUCUGGACAUGGCUAUCACCAGUGUGGGGUCAUCUACGUCGAGACUGGGGAUCACCUUCAGGUGGUUUAUCACCUAUACCGUGCCUUGGCAUGCGAUCUGCCACACCCGAAUGCUUCGACAAACCUCGAUCUCGAGUUCCGUGAACUCCAGAAACGCAAGGACAUCACCAGCAAACAUGCGUUGGUGACUUGGUUCGUGAAGCUCCAUGCCUUCUACUCGCAGGGAAAGGACUUCACCGAGCGUAAAGAACUCGAGAGGGAGGUUGACCAUCGACUUGGCCUCGCCAUGAAGUCGGGAAAGGGAUAUGACUCGGACCUGGACCUGCUCAAGAUUGUUCUUAUCAACAUCACCGCUUAUGUCGCCGCCCAGGACAAGGUUGCCAAAAACUGGACCGACGAGGGCUCGCGAUCUUGCCAGUUCCUCCUGCUCCUCAACCUGCGGACAAUCAACGCCAUCGCACGUCUCAUUGGAGAAGAAAUUACAGACGUCAUCAAGCGCAAAGAUGCGGAGGCUCCCGUCAGCACUUCUGUGACCGCCUCACAGACGGAGCCCCCAACCAAGUUUACGCCCGCCUUCAACCGUAUCCUACCCCUUCUGCGUGUUUACAUGGCAUGGCUUUGUUCCUACGGCUCCCAACUUGUUGAAUUUCGGCCGCAUCUCGAACCGCAGUUUGGCGCUAUGUGCGUGACGCUGAGCAACACGUUAUCCCUCCUGUUCGAGUUAUUGGGUGGAGACCAACAGCUCGGAAAUCCGGUUUCGUGGCGCUUUCCCGAGGACGAGAUUACCAUGGGCAUCAGGUGCCUCAAUGGACCCGAUUUGCACGACGGCUGCCAGCUUUAUUACGAUGCCUUUACGCGCAAGCCCAAGCCGCGCCGCGAAGACGUUCCCGAUGCCAACGGCACCGAUGAUGAUGUGUCGUUCACCCGUGCGCUGGACGUUCUGCUCUGCGGCCUGGACCUAUCCGAGCCGGAGUCGAAGUUCCCGUUCACCACAUCCACAGUUACGAAAGGAGCUAGGGAGCUCACGACUUUCGUCUAUCUUGAAGGCGGCAAGCCCGGCCCUAUUCCGAACCCGCCGCCCGUUCAGCAUAUGACUCCGGUCCCUGUUCCUGCUAGCACGGAGCGUAAUCUGACUGCGCCAGUAUUGGCUCCGAGUCCUUGCGAGUCUAACGAGCUCUCCGAGAACCGGGACUUUUACGGUCCGGAUUUGCGAAACAAUACUGGAAACAACGCUCGUAACGGGCCAGUUUCGACAAGCAUUGCACCAGCGCCAACGGCGCCUGUUUCCGAGUUCCCCAUUGAAAGACAGAUGUUCAAUAUCCUGAACGAGUUCAUCAACCCUCCCGAAUCCGCACCGGCGGCCAAACCUGAGACUCCUAGUCGCCCUGUUGCACGAACGAGCCCGUAUGGUAUGGGUUCCGCAUCCGCUGCUGAGACCUUCGGAGCUAGAGCUUCGGGCAGCUCGGGACCUGGGUCUGCUGCUGGCGGCAAAGUUCUUCCUACUCUACCAUGGGAGUAUUUCUACAAGCCUUCGGCCAACCCAGCCUUGCAAUCUUCGGGCACUAAUGGUCUGGCUGCUGGAUGGGCCGCAAACGGCAGAGCGUUUUCGCGACCGACAAGCUCGGGCAAUGGGCUCCAGCUAGGGAUUGGGGCGACCGCCGGCAGCCCGCUUGCACGGCAGGCGCAGCAGAGGUACGAUAGCCGAGAACAGUCGAGGUUGCUUGAAGAGCAAGAAGACAUUCUCCGCUCUCUAGAUCUGGAGUCGGUCCAAACCAGUCAGCCUCGGCAAUCCCAUGACACCCGGGGAGGCUGGCCUGCCGUAGCCGCACAGAGCUCGAGCUCUGUAAUCGGAACAGCGUCCCACUCUUUGCAGCAGCAGAGCACCUGGCUCCCCCCGGCAAGCCCUUGGCAGACUACUCAUGGCCAGAACCCCACGGUCACGACGACUACUGGCGGCGUCCCCAAUUCGCCGUUUUCGACACUCAACUUCUCGACAAAUAGUUCAUCUAUACCCGCCGUCAAUAGCCCGUGGGGCGUGCCCUCGCACGGCGCGUUCGCUAGAGACUGGCCCGACGCUCGACAGCCGAGAACGGGCGUAGCUCAGCAACCGCUGGGGCUGGAUAUCUGGGGCGACGCGAUGGGGCAACAGCAGCAGCUGGCAGUGGGCGAGAGUUCCGGUGGAACUUGGACGGUGCGGCAGCAGCAGGGCAUGCCGAAACGUUGAAAUGUGUUUGGAGAAAUGCCUGCAUUCUCCAUUACAUCUUUUUUGCGCUGUUCCGCUGUUCAACUCUUCCCCGUCAUCGAUUGGCCGGGCAGCUGUUCGACGACCCCCUUCCCGCUCUCUGCGG